AACGAAACAGCGUGCCGAUGCAGGUACACCAUUCGGCGAUUGUUGUUGACUCGUGUUCUUCAUUCAGAGUGCGCGGUUGCUGGCAUGCGCAGUGUGUAGUGUGUGAACUGUUUCCCACGUGUACCUAAUCUAUAAAUGGAGACGAAAGAAUCUUUAAAUAAUCCCACUGAGUUAGAGACUUUUCUUCCUCAAGAUGGAACUGCUACAAAUGGUGUUUCAACUACAAAAUACAAAAUUACGAAAAAGAAUGACUUGGAAGCAGCCGUUACUGAAUUUGAUCCCUUCAAAGCGAGGAAACUGGAACACCCUGUAUCGAAUGGAGAUACCCUGAUGCACUUAUUGAAAGCAUCCCUAGGAACAGGAAUUCUUUCUAUGCCAGCAGCAUUCGCAGCCUCUGGGUUACUUUUAGGAGUAUUUGCCACCAUUGGCGUAGCCAUAAUUUGCACACAUUGUUCCUAUAUUCUUGUUAUAUGUGCCCACGAGCUUUACAGAAAAUGCGGCAGAACAUCGAUGAGCUUCGCUGAUGUGGCAGAAGAAGCUUGCAACAGGGGUCCAAAAUGGUCAAGGGGUCUUGGGCCUUACGCAAGGCCGUUCAUACUCAUAUCCCUCUUUAUAACAUACUUCGCAACAUGCAGCUGCUAUACAGUAAUAAUAGCGAAGAACUUCAACAGUGUUGCUAUAGACUACAUGGGCGAAGGACUUAACGAAAGACUGAGCAUAGCAUUACUCUUAAUUCCUCUACUCUUACUCUCCUACGUGCCUAAUCUGAAAUAUUUGGCACCUGUGUCCAUGGUUGCCAACGUAUUCAUGGCUAUUGGUUUGGGAAUUACUUUUUAUUAUCUGGUCGAAGAUAUACCUCCCAUAGAGUCCAGAGAAAUGGUCGUUGACUUGGUGAAGUUUCCCAUGUUUUUCAGUAUUACGGUAUUCGCAAUUGAAGCUAUUGGAGUGGUGAUGCCAUUAGAAAACAACAUGAAAACGCCUCAGAGCUUCGUAGGCCUUUGUGGAGUUUUAAAUCAAGGAAUGAGUGGUGUCACACUAAUUUACAUACUGAUAGGAUUCUUCGGCUACUUGAAAUUUGGACCAAACGUACAAGGUUCAGUGACUCUGGAUCUAAAAAGUGGUGAAAUUGCUGCUCAGAUUGUGAAAGUAGUUAUUGGUCUAGCAGUAUUUUGUACAUUCGGUCUGCAGUUCUACGUAUGUCUGGACAUCGCCUGGAAUGGCAUCAAGGAUAAAUGCCAGAAAUUCGAAACAAUCGCCAACUAUGGAAUGAGGACGAUACUUGUGAUAAUUUGUGUACUGUUGGCAGUUGCAGUGCCUGCCAUAAACCCCUUCGUAGGGCUGAUCGGUGCCUUCUGUUUCUCCAUCCUUGGCCUUAUCGUUCCCGUAAUCAUCGAAGUCAUAGUAUUUUGGGAUAAGGGUUUCGGAAAAUACAAUUGGAAGAUAAUCAAGAACGUAAUUGUUGUUAUAACUGGCGUUGUAGCUUUGAUAUUCGGUUCCAAAUCUGCAAUUGAAGAAAUCCUCAAAAUGUACAAAUGAUACCCUUGUUCCGUGCGUUUACCUUGUUUAUACUAGGAAAUAUCAAGGGCAUUUUUUAUUUAUUAAUAGUAUUAGUAAAUCAAUAGUGAAUUUUACCUUGUUGAACAAUGAGGGAUUUUUUCAGUAUAUAUAAGCUCCCUAGCUUGUUUCUGUUUUACUUUUUGGUAAUUUUACUUUGUUAAAUCACCCCACAGUAUAGAGACAUAAGUUAAAAUCAUGUCAGGCUGUGAAACUUUAAACAGAGUAGUAGCUGCAUUUAGGUGUAUGUAUAUUCAAAAUAAUUUUUUACCUAUUUAUGAAAAAAGUAUACCAAAUCAUCAAAAUCUACAUAUUAAAAAUUAGGGCACAAUGUGUUGUUGAAAUACUAAUCAAACAUUUUUACUACUUAGAUUUUUAGUUUUUUUUUUAUGAGUAUCGAUUUUAACUUUUAAAGAAUUCCAUUUUCUCAUUUUAUUUUUAAGAAUGAUUGUUUAUUCUCAAACACUGUAAAGUUUAAAACAAAGCAUUUUAUACUUAAACUAAUGUUUCGAAGGAAAAUUGAAUACUGUAUUUUAUUUAAAUUUAUACUGUGAUUUUAUGUAAUAUGCCUUAACUAAUUCAUAACUGAUCGAAGAUAAUACCAAAUGAAAAUUUAUUUCAAUAAAAUUUGAAAAAUACUGGAAA